AUGGGCUCAAAUUCUAGGUGCGAAAUACCUAAGGGACAAUUCUUUUGGGAGGUAAAGAAGAUAACUAACUGUUCAACAACUUGGGCCGCAAUUCUUGACAGUAGAGAACAACUAAAGAAAGGCUGCAUCUGGCUCGUGGGAAACGGUCAAUCUAUCAAUAUUUUUUCAGAUCCAUGGCUUCAUACUCUACCUGGCUCUGUGCCAGAGAAGCUUGUAGAUGGAAAUAACGAGCACAAGAAGAGAAUCGACAGAUUCAUCGAAGGAGUUUCAACCUUUUGCAGCAUAUGCAAUAAUGAUGAAGAGUCAAUAGACCACCUUUUAUUACACUGCAGCUUCGCCCAAGAUGUAUGGUUCGCCUCUCCUCUUGGCCUCCGACUUCAAGGAAGCAAUCAGUUGACCCUCACAAGUCUCAUGGAAUCUCUAUUCAGAGCAAAUGAUAAUAACUCUUCUCUUGCUCUAGGAAUGGCCAUAUGCUGGGCCAUUUGUAAAUGCCGCAAUGCAAAAGUUUUUGAUCAAAAGAACAUGAAUGAUCAUGAUGCUCUGACAAUUGCUCUUUACUGGUUCAAUCUCUAUCAUAACUACAUUGGGGAAGAAGAACUUAAUGGGAUGGAAAGGAACCACCAGACUGCAGCUGUACCGACCAAUUUAACCUGGACUCCUCCGGACCAUCCCACCAUCAAGAUUAACGUCGAUGCUGCUUGGAGAGAUGGAGCUUUUGCUUGCGCAGCGGUUACUGGAGACAACACUGGUUACUGUCAUGGUGCUGAUACUAUGCUGGAAAGAUCAGACUCAGUUAUAUUUGCAGAAGCUACUGGCUUUCAGCUAGUUGUUGACUUAGCAUUAUGGUUGAAUUUGAACAACAUAUUGAUAGAAGGAGAUAGCCAGAUGGUCGUAAAGACCUUAAAAGGAGAACUGCGGAAAAUCCCAUGGAGAUUUUGGAGUCUUAAGGAUGAUAUUACCCACAAGAUGGCCUCCCUAAACAAUAGUGGUGCUUACAGCUUUGUCCCGAAACCAGCAAAUAAAGCUUCCCAUUCGCUGGCAACGUAUGGUCUCACUCACAACGUCCAACACAAGUGGACCAGUUCAAUCAUUCCGGCUUGGAUUGCUUCUCUCUUUGUAAACAACAGUUAA